GUUUUGGAGUUAUCGUUUUUUGGCUUGUACAGAAUGGUACAGAACACAGAGUGUUAAAACAAUUCAUGAAUUCGGAAACUCUGAUUUUUUAACCCUUAGCAGUUAUUUUCUUAGAAUGGACCAGCUAUCUGUUGACGGUGCUUCUUCCAUGACGGAGAAGAAGAAGAAAAACUAUGAAAACCUCUGUCCAGCAGUUGCAAUGUAUGGACCCUGUAAUGUGGAAGACUUAGAACCUGGAAAAACCAUGAAGUGGUGUACAUGCGGACUGAGCAAGAAGCAGCCGUGGUGCGAUGGAGCUCACAAGAAAACUGGUUUCAAGUCCCUUAAAUGGAAGGUUCCAGAUCAUCCCCAAAGAAUCUAUUCUAUUUGUAACUGUAAACACACCAAGAAUCCACCGCUCUGUGAUGCCACUCAUGUAAACCUCCCAGCUGUGGUAGAGACAAGGCAAAAGAACUGUGACAGUGCUCAUGAUGAAGACAUGAAGUUAUGUACUGGCUGUGGAUGGGUACCAAAGUGGUGAAAUAAAUAUUAUACCAUAUAUAUAUCUCAAGAAUAAAUGCAUUUAUAUUUCUGGAUUUAACACUUGUCAAAUGGAUUUGUAGUAUUUUCAUCCAUAAUUAAUUAGAAGGAAAGGAGUUAUAUAGUUCUCUUUAAAUCUUUGUUGAACAUAUUUUAGAUAGAACUUAUACAAGUAAAUAAUUGACUGGAACAAAAGUGCACAAAAAUUGAAUUUUUAUCUGAGAAUGAUAUGUCUUGUCAGAAUAUAAUAUUAUUUUUGCCUCUUUUUGUCCUGGGAAUUUAUUUGGACAAUUAUUCUAUCAUUAUAUUACAAAUCCAACAGUAUGAAACAAGGUAGAAAAAUUAUGGCAAAUUUCAUGUGGGAUUAUGAGAAAUGCAUAACAUGAGAGUCUUCUUGAAGAAUAAAAUAUUUUGUAAAAUAUUUUACAUAUUGAAAAAUUAUAUAUUUUAUAUAUUGGACAAAUUAAUUAUCUGAGAAAUAUUUGCAGGAGAGCAGAAUCUCCAAUCAGAAUCUCCUAUAUACAGAACUAUUAUUUGUUGUAUGUAAUUACAAAUAAAACAAAAUAAUUUUUAAAAUAAAAUUAAGAGGAGGAAACUCAUCUGAGUGA